UCCCCCCGCCCCCCCUUGGCAGGCGGAAGAGAGCGUCGGGAGGGCACAGCAUGAUCCCAGGGAACCCCCGCUGCGGCCGGGCAGGUUGCUGAGUCUUCACCAUGGUGCAGAAAUCCAAGAGAAACGGGGAGGCGGGUGCCGGGCCGGGGGAGAAGCGGCUGAAGGUGGGCUUCGUGGGCAUCGAUGGAGGAACCGAGGGUGCAAUCAGCGCCGGGGCGGACUCCUCCUGCACCCGAGACGGAGCUCUGCUCAUCGCCGGCACGGAGGGCACCAAACGCGGCAGCAUCUUGGGCAAGCCCCGGUCCGCAGUGGGCAAACGCCCGAAAAGGAACGCGUUUUACAGAAAGCUGCAGAACUUUAUGUACAAUGUGCUGGAGAGACCGCGGGGAUGGGCGUUCAUCUACCAUGCAUAUGUUUUUUUAUUGGUCUUCUCUUGUUUGGUGUUGUCAGUCUUCUCCACCAUCAAGGAGUAUGAGCAGAGCUCAGAAGGGGCACUAUAUAUUUUGGAAAUAGUGACGAUUGUGGUGUUUGGCGUGGAGUAUACUGUAAGGAUUUGGUCUGCUGGGUGCUGCUGCCGAUACCGAGGAUGGAGAGGCCGACUGAAGUUUGCACGGAAGCCAUUCUGUGUGAUCGAUGUCAUGGUUCUUGUUGCCUCGAUCGCUGUCCUUGCUGCCGGAACACAGGGAAAUGUCUUUGCAACAUCUGCUCUGAGGAGCUUAAGGUUUCUACAGAUCUUACGGAUGAUCCGUAUGGAUCGGAGAGGAGGCACCUGGAAGCUGCUAGGAUCGGUGGUCUACGCCCACAGCAAGGAGCUGAUCACUGCCUGGUACAUUGGGUUUCUGUGCCUCAUCCUCGCCUCGUUCCUGGUCUAUCUCGCUGAGAAGGAUGACAACAAAGAGUUUGCAACGUAUGCGGACGCCCUCUGGUGGGGUUUGAUCACCUUGACAACCAUUGGAUAUGGUGACAAGUUUCCAAUCACAUGGAAUGGACGACUCCUGGCUGCGACUUUUACUCUCAUCGGGGUCUCUUUCUUUGCACUGCCAGCGGGGAUUCUUGGCUCUGGCUUUGCUCUGAAAGUUCAGGAGCAACAUCGGCAGAAACAUUUUGAGAAACGACGGAAUCCUGCGGCUGGUCUCAUCCAGGCUGCCUGGCGGUAUUACUCUACCAGUCUCUGUCGGACAGACCUGCAUGCCACUUGGCAGUGCUUUGAGCAGACACUGACUGUCCCAAUGUACAGGCUGAUUCCACCACUCAACCAGCUUGACUUACUGCGAAACCUCAAGAGCAAAUCAGGACUCACUUUCAGGAAGGAGACGCUGGAAAGCACACCAAGUAAACACAAAUCACGUCGUGAUUCCAUGUGUGGAAUGUGCUGCUCAGGAGAUCCUAGCAACAAGGUCAGCCUGAGAGAGAGAUUCUCCAGCCCCAAGGGUCCCAGUGCCAAGGGGAAAGGUUCACCGCAGAGCAGCAUGCGCAGAUCACCCAGUGCAGACAACAGCAUCGAGAACAGCCCGGACAAGGUACAGAAGAGCUGGAGUUUUACCGACAGAACACGCUUCAGGCAUGCCUUCCGUCUGAAAGGAGCAGGCUCACGGCAGAACUCUGAGGACCAUUCCAGUCUGCCUGAAGAGGACAUCCCAGACAACAGGAGCUAUCAGUGUGAGUUCAUCACGGACGACUUAACCCCUGGGCUCAAAGUUUCCAUCAGAGCCAUGUGCAUUAUGCGAUUUCUCGUUUCCAAGCGGAAGUUCAAGGAGAGCUUGCGACCAUAUGAUGUCAUGGAUGUGAUCGAGCAGUAUUCUGCAGGGCACUUGGACAUGCUGUCCAGAAUCAAAAACCUACAGUCCAGGAUAGAUUUGAUUGUGGGUCCCCCAGCCCCUUCAACUCCCCGGCAUAAGAAGUUAAAAGGAAUCCUCACCACUUCCAAAGAUUCAAUCCAAUACUCUCCUAGAGUCGACCAAAUCGUUGGCCGAGGCCCCCAGCUGCAGGAGAAGGAUCGUACCAAGAUCCCAGCAGAGCCCGACGUUCCCGAAGACCCGAGUAUGAUGGGACGGCUUGGAAAAAUGGAAAGACAGGUGCACUCGAUGGAGAAGAAAUUAGAUUUCCUGGUGAACAUCUACAUGCAGCGGAUGGGAAUCCCACCAUCGGAAACUGAGGCUUACUUCAUUUCCAAAGAGCCAGAUCCUGCUCCUCCAUAUCACAGUCCAGUGGACAACCGGGAGCUCUGCGAGAAGAACACAAACGCCAACAAAAUGAUGCGGUCCUGCAGCUUAACUGCACACAAGACGUACCCCGGACUCGGAGUGGCAACAUUGGCACCCAAUGGCUGUCCACCAUCAACCUCAUCUCACCAACACUCAGCCAAUGGGUUGGGCCGGCAGAGCCACGACACCCUGACCUUUAUGACCUCUCCGGUAGGUGACGGCGCAACCUUUGUCAGAAUCCCGCCCCCGCCCUCUGUGUCACACGAGAAGAUAUCAGGUCACGGCAGCUGUAGUAGGGGUGGGCCAGAAUACAGCCGGCAUGAGGACCACUACUGCAAGCACCAAGAGACUGUGCUGAAAGAAAGGGACAGUGACACCUCCAUCUCCAUUCCCUCUGUCGAUCAUGAGGAACUCGAGCGUUCGUACAGUGGUUUCAGCAUCUCGCAAUCGAAGGAGAAUCUGGAAAGUGUCAACAAUGCCCCCUAUGUUGGGGCUACACCCUGGUCAAAGGUCAGGCUGUACAUUGCAGAAGGGGAGUCUGACACUGAUUCAGAAGCAUGCACCCCAUCGGGCCCCCCACCAAGGUCAGCUACGAGUGAGGGGCCGCACUGUGACUUCACGUGGUCUUCAUCCAAAUAG